AUGCGCAAAAGUGUGAUUAAUUCUCCUUCAUUGAGGCUUCCAUCGAGUCUGCCGCUGCGGGCUCGGUUUGCAUCUACAACUCGCCCAAGGCCCCCGACGCCAGCUCUCACCAGCAAGCCCUCCUCCAUCCGGCCGGCAUCCGGUCCGGAGAGGGGAAGCCGGCACCAAUUCGCCGCCUACAGCUCUACAGACUCAUCAAGACAGGGCAACUCGAGUCUGCCGCCAGCAAAUGACACGAUAUACGCUCUGUCUACUGCCCCUGGCAAAGCAGGUAUUGCUGUUUUAAGAAUCUCAGGCCCAUCCUGCCUUGACAUAUACAAAGCCCUGUGUCCGAGAAAGCCCGUUCCACAGCCCAGAUAUGCUGCUGUGCGCACGCUGUAUGCUCCCCGGGCACCAACGGACCGUGCUAUUGUACUAGACACGGAGGCAGUCGUUCUUCACUUCCCCUCACCCAACACCGUGACUGGUGAGGAUGUGCUCGAGCUUCAUGUUCACGGUGGAACAGCCACUGUGAAGGCCGUCCUGGCUGCUGUGGCUCGGUGCCCGUCGCGGCAUCGUAUCCGCUAUGCCGAGGCAGGCGAGUUCACUAAGCGUGCUUUUGUUAACAACCGGUUGGACCUUGCGCAGAUUGAGGCCCUAAGCGAUGCUUUGGCUGCUGAGACGGAGCAGCAGCGUCGUGCGGCUGUGCGAGGCAACUCUGGCGCGCUGGGCAAGACGUACGAAGGCUGGCGUCAGCAGUUGCUGCUUGCAAGAGGCGAGAUUGAGGCACUAAUUGACUUUUCCGAGGACCAGCACUUUGAUGAAUCGCAAGCAGAACUUCUUGAAAACGUCGUCUCACAAAUUGAUGCCAUUGUGGAUAGUAUCCAUCUUCAUGAGCUUGCUAGCCAGAAGAGCGAGCUGCUGCGCAAUGGUAUCCGCAUUGCGCUUGUUGGUCCACCAAAUGCUGGCAAAAGCUCACUUAUGAACCUGAUUGUUGGCCGCGAGGCGUCUAUUGUAUCUGGCGAAGCUGGAACAACUAGAGACAUUGUAGAAGCUAGCCUGGAUAUCAGAGGCUUUCUGUGCUCGUUUGCUGACACCGCUGGCUUCCGCUCCCUGUCGUCCACGACAAACCUACAAGGUGACUUUGCUCCAGUGGGCGCUAUUGAAGAAGAAGGAAUCCGCCGGGCCAAGGAAAAAGCCAGAAAUUCAGAUAUAAUUGUCGCUGUGGCAUCUGUGGAAACGGGUCCGGCUGGUCCAGUCAUUCACUACGACCAAGAAACCCUUAACCUGGCGACCGAUGCGGAAUCUUUCCUCGUUAUCGUUAACAAGAAAGAUUCUGUUAAUCCUGAGACAUUCCAGCGUCUUAUGGACGACUUCCAAGGGGUGCUAAGCAAGGCCAGCCCGCGUCUUGGUGCUGCCGUCCCCAUCACCAUUUCUUGCAAGGAAGCACAGAAGCCAUAUCUCAAGGCCAAGGAUCCUGGCGGCGUCGGCGCAGUCAUCGAUGCUCUAGAUGUGACUUUCUCCAAUAUGACAAGUAUGCCUGUUGACAUGCAGGAUCUUAUUGGUGUCACGGAGCGCCAGCGUCAGCUCUUGAUCAAGUGCCGCCAUCAUCUGGAGGAGUUUAUGCUCGAAGCGCAGCCUGAAGAAGACGGCGUUGAUGCAGACAGUGUACUCGCAGCCGAGUAUCUUCGCUAUGCGGCAGAUUGUCUUGCCCGCAUCACUGGAAACGGUGAAGCCGGCGAUGUGGAAGACGUCCUGGGCGUGGUUUUUGAAAAAUUUUGCGUUGGAAAGUGA